UUGCCGACAAAUGCGGACUCCACACAACAUCCUACUGCAGAUGCACCUCCUGCUGACACAACACCAUCUGAUCAACCCUCUGGUGAUUCAAGCCCACCAAAUAACCGGAGCGCAGAGCCCAGCAGUACCACUGAUAAUGUGACAACUUCAGAAGAGAGUGAAAGAACAAAUAACGAGACUGCGAAUGCUGUGACUGAAACUACCACCACCACAACAACAACAACACUUCCUCCUGAACUCACAAACAACAAGAAGGGUGAUGCAGACAGCAGCAGCAGCAGUAUCAGCAGUUCU